AUGUCCUUCUACAGUACGUUAUAUAAUACUAUUUUCAAGAGAAAUUCGGUCUUUGUGGGUACGGUGUUUGCGUCUGCCUUUUUGUUUCAGGCUACCUUUGACGAGGCCGUUACUGCUUGGUACGAGAACAGAAACAAGGGUAAGCUUUGGAAGGAUGUCAAGGUUCAACUUGCCGCCGGCGGGGAUGCCGGUGGGGAUGCUGAUGACGACGAGUAA